AUGGCUGCUGCUGCUGCCACCCCACCGGAGUCCGAAUCCACCACUCAGCCUCCAGCUGUAGCUAUAACUCCGGCGAACCCAUCGAUUCCACCAUGGUACUUCGAGGGCGGGAUGAGACGUGUGAAACCCUACCAUUACACCUAUAAUACCUUCUGUAAAGAACGAUGGCGGAAUAAAACCAUUUUUGAAAUAUAUGGAACGGAGUUUAGAGAUCGUCCUCAAGAGUAUUAUAAAAACGCCGUCUUGACAGGAAUGAUAUCAAUCAACGGAGUCCCUACUCAUUCACUCGAUCAAAUCAUUCGAAACGGGGAUAUAGUAACCCACACUCUUCACCGCCAUGAACCUCCCGUCACCGAUAAACCGGUAACAAUAGUCUGUGAAACAGAUGAUAUGAUUGUUAUUAACAAACCUGCCGGGAUGCCUGUUCACCCUGCCGGGAGGUAUCAUUAUAACAGUGUUGUGGAGAUCAUGAGGUUUGAAAGAGGGGGGUGGAAUCCUAUGCCGUGUAACCGCUUGGAUAGGCUUACGUCCGGACUAAUGUUCAUCGCAAAGACCAAAGAAGCCUCAAAGAGUAUGAUGUUACAGCUACAGACUCGUACUAUCAAAAAGGAGUACGUAGCUAUGGUUAAAGGCGAAUUCCCAGAAGGCGAUGUAGUAGUCGAACAACCUAUCCUAGCAAUCUCCCCAAAGCUUGGUCUAAAUCGUGUAAAAGCCAACGGCAAACACGCCAAAACCCUCUUCCGCCGACGGUCAUAUAACCCCACAAAGGGUUAUAGUGUGGUACAAUGCCUACCAUUCACCGGGAGAACACAUCAAAUCCGAGUUCAUUUGCAAUUCUUAGGCCAUCCGAUUGCGAAUGAUCCGAUUUAUUGUAACAGAAAGGUUUUCGGCCCGAAUUUAGGGGUUGGUGGGGAGGGUGAUGAUGAGGAUAUCAUUACUAGAUUGUCGAGAAUGGGGAAAGAAGAAGUUGCGGAAGCGGUGGCUUAUCAUGAUGAGUUGGUAGCGGAUUAUGAAAAGCGAAAGGCUGAGAGAAUGUCGGGCGAGACGUGCAGUAUAUGCGAUACGCCGCUGUAUACUGAUCCUGGAGCUCAUGAAUUGGGAAUAUACUUGCAUGCGAAAAAGUAUAAUUGUGUGGAGGGGAAGUGGUCGUAUGAGACACCCCUACCCGAUUGGGCUUUACCAAAGGAAGGGGAUGUGGUUAGUGAAGUAUUAGUUUUGGAGAGUGUGGAUAUUCCUUUGGUGUUAAAGGAAGGGAAUGCAGGGGAGGAAUUUAAAACGAGCUUGGAUGGAAAUGCAGAGAAAGAGGAGGAAGAAGAAACCGAGAUUGAGGAAGUCAAGAAGGAAGUCCAAAUGCCGAAAGAAAUUACGCCACAGGAGUUAGAGAUGUUGCAGAUUGGAGGCGAGAGUGAUGAGGAAGAAGAAGAGGGGACGCAAAAGGGGGAUGAAAAGGAUAUCGUGACAGAGAAGGUAGCGGAUGGCUUGGAAAGCAAGUAA